AUGAGUGAGACAGGCUCUCAUGGCUCUCCUGCCUUGAAGGCUCCCGAGGCCAAUUACCCAGAGUCUCGGGUCCUUAUAAUAGGUACAGGAGGGACAAUUUGUAUGCAGCAGGGCCCUGAUGGUCUUCAGCCAACAGACAACUUCUUGGAGAAUGCUAUGGCCCCUCGUCCGUCAUUCAAUGACUUUUCAAACCCAGAUACCCUCCCAGCAGUUCGUGAUGGAGAAAAGAUCCAGAUUGAUAGUCUUCGCACUCCUGCUACAGCAUACAAUCGCCAUGUCCGCUAUGGUAUCAUCGAGUUCAACCCACUGCUAGACUCUAGCUCUAUCUCCGCCCAUGAUUGGGAUGCCAUGGCCUCCUGUGUUCAAGAGAACUAUCAUCUGUUUGACGGGUUUGUCAUCCUUCACGGAACAGACUCUCUGGCUUACACGGCCUCUGCCCUCUCCUUCAUGAUGGAGAACCUGGGCAAGCCCGUGAUUCUCACUGGCUCCCAGGCGCCCAUCUUUGCACUUCAAUCCGACGGUGUUGACAACCUAUUGGGAUCCCUCAUCAUCGCCGGCACAUUCACCAUUCCCGAAGUCUGCCUGUUCUUCCAUCACCGCCUCUACCGUGGAAACCGCAGCGCAAAGGUCUCAGCAACAGAAUUCGAGGCUUUUGCCAGUCCCAACUGCGAGCCCAUCGCCAAGGUCAAUGGCCUCGGCAUCAGCGUUAACUGGCCCCUUGUUCUACGACCGACAUCGAUUGCCAAGUUUCAUGUCACAAAGGGUCUUGACACUACUCACGUUGCCUGUUUACGCGUGUUUCCUGGCAUCAAGCCCGAGAUGAUCGACGCCGUGCUUCACUUGCCCGAUAUCCGUGGUCUUAUUCUUGAGACAUUCGGCAUGGGUAACAUCCCUGGCGGUGCUGAGGGUCGUCUUACGCAGAUCAUCAAGGCGGCUGUUGAGCGUGGCAUUGUCGUUGUGAAUGUCAGUCAAUGUGUCAAUGGCUUUGUAUCUCCCGUUUAUGCUCCAGGCACUGUCCUCGGCCGAGCUGGUGUCAUCUUUGGACUCGACCUAACAGCUGAGGCGGCGCUCACCAAAGUCUCCUAUCUACUCGCUCAACCAGACCUCUCCGUAAAGGAAAUCCAGGAGAAGCUCUCCCGGUCGCUGCGUGGUGAGAUGACAGAGAUCGCCCACCAAAGCUUCUCCCACCCCUCAGGCUCACUCGACUUUGCCGCAUCCCAUCUUACGCCAAGCGAAACCGCAUUCUCGGCGCUCGGAUACGCGAUUGAAAAUGGCGAAUUGGGACUCGUCAAGGAAUUGCUGCAGGGCGAAGGUGCUCAACUCCUCAAGCAGUCAGACUACGCAGGAAACACAGCGGUGCAUCUCGCAGCGGUGGCCGGUAGAACCGAGAUCCUCCUCGAGUUGCUCCAGCGGGGCGCCAGCGUUCACGAGCGUAACAAGGCCAAUCACUCGCCUUUGUUUGUCGCUGUCAAGUCAGGCCAGGAGCCUUGUGCGCAAUUGCUGCGCAUCGCAGGUGCCCAUCUGGCGGUGGAGGAGAGGGAUUCCAUGCCUGGCUAUGUGACGCCCAAGUAUAACAGUCACAUUGGAGGACAUGGUUUCUGA